CCCGUUCACCUCAUCUCAGGAAAGCAUAUCUGAGACCCCCUCUGCCCUUCUUGCUAGCAGCUCAGCGAUGAACCCCAAACUCAUCUGCUCCGGCUGGUUUCUGCUGAUUCUGCUUCUCACACACGACCAAGGAAGGGCCAAACCCAUGACCAACGUACAGGCUUUGUCUAAAUUGUUAGAAGAGGACCUAGGGCACCCGCUGGGGUCUGAGGAAUCGGAGCAGGAUGAGACCCUCCUCACAGGGGGCGUGGAGCAACGAGACACUCCUUUCCCCUGGUCCAGAACCCUCCCGGAGGGGACCUCCUCCGUUUCAGAAAGUGCCUUCCAGCGGCUUUUCAGCGAUCUUCUGGGCUCCUCGCGUAGCUUCCGGGGCAGGAGCAAAAAGGGUCUCUCCAGGGGCUGCUUUGGUGUCAAACUGGACCGAAUCGGGGCCCUGAGCGGGCUGGGAUGCUGAGCAGUCAAGACGAGGGCCAUGGGCCCCUCAGGCUUUCCAGUGAGACCAUCAACCCCGUCCCGCUCCAGACCCCUCAUUCAGCCCCAGCCAAUGACGCCUCGUCAAACAGACUUCUUGCAGUCCUGACUCCAAAUAUCACUGGACCUUGAGCUGCUCAUUCACGCAUGCCUGCCAAAGAUACAGCAGAAGUAUUUUUUUUCCACUCGAUCCAUGUUUGGAACAGGGCAGAGAUGACGACUUACUUAAAUAAGAAGUUGGCAGAUUCUUGGGAAAUCCACACACGUGUCAGCCACGGUUGAGGGCAGUGGUGGUAUUAUAUCCAGCUGGCCUCCUUUUUCCUUUCCCCUCCACCGCUGUUUCUUGUUAUGGGGUGCUUUAGUUUGCUCCUUCCCUCCCUUGGUUUAUGUAUAAGGAAGGGUGCCAUAAAGUCAGAUUGGAUAUGAUGAAGUUGCUUUAUUGUACACAUACAUGUGUGUGAACCACUCUGAGCCAGAGGUGGGAUCCAGCAGGCUCUCACAGGUUCCCAAGAGUAGGUUACUAAUUAUUUGUGUGUGCCGUGAGGGGG